AGCGCGCGCAGGCGCGCAUACGCCCGGGAAGGGGAGGAGAAGGGCGGGCGGCCGGGCGGGGGCGCGCACGGCCGGUGUGUGAGGGAGAGAGCGAGGGGAGGGCGAUCCCAGGGCGGAGAAAGGCGGCGGCAGUGGCGGCUUCGCUUGGUUCAGGGCAGGCGAACGGCCACAGGCGCUGCCGAGCCGGGAGAUACGGUGGGCGCUGCCGACUCUGGGCAUCCUUCCUCUUCCUCCCCGCCCCUCCCCUCCCCGCCCUUCCCCCUUCUCUUUCUCUCCUUCCCCACUGUCCGCCGGGGCUGAUCGCUGUCGGCGGCACGAUCCCGGGGCGUUUCCGCAGCGCCUGAGCCGGCAGCGGCCGCUGGGAGAGCUGGUCCCUCCCCUGCUCGGCCGGGACUGAGGGACCCCCCGCUUCGUCCGGGGCUCGGCUGAGAGGGCCUGGCCCCGGCUUGGCUCCCCGGCGGCGGGCUCGGUGAGGAUGUCGGGCGGCGGCGGUGGCCGGGAGGAGGAGCGGCGCAAACUCGCCGACAUUAUCAACCACUGGAACGCGAACCGGCUGGACCUGUUCGAGAUCAGCGACCCCACCGAGUACAUACAGGCGGCUGGUGGUGGAGGAUUGAAAAGCCCGGUGUUGGACGCUUUUUUUGUUGCUAGCUUGUUUGUUUCUUUAAAUCGUCUUUGUGCAGAAGGCGCCUCUUACAAAGCAACCUGCUGCUUAUAGUGCGGCGGCACUCGGGGUUGCUGGUGCAAUCCCCGGAGUGGCUUUCCCAGGGCGUGACGGACGGAGCGCCUUGGCUCUCCGAGCCUGCAGGCUGCAAGCCCGCCCCCUAAGGAUCUCGAGUUUCAUGGAGUAAUGAGAUUCUACUUCCAAGACAAAGCAGCUGGAAAUUUUGCAACAAAAUGUAUCCGUGUCUCCAGUACUGCCACAACUCAAGAUGUAAUAGAAACUCUUGCAGAGAAGUUUCGACCAGAUAUGCGAAUGUUGUCAUCCCCUAAAUACUCACUUUAUGAAGUGCAUGUCAGCGGAGAAGAAAGAAGAUUAGAUGUGGAUGAGAAGCCUCUUGUUGUACAGUUGAACUGGAACAAAGAUGAUCGCGAGGGAAGGUUUGUCCUAAAGAAUGAAAAUGAUACACUUCCUCCAAAGAAAGCUCAGAGUAAUGGGCCUGAAAAACAAGAAAAAGAGGGAGUAAUUCAGAAUUUCAAGCGAACUCUCUCAAAAAAAGAAAAAAAAGAAAAAAAGAGGCGUGAAAAAGAGGCAUUGCGACAAGCUUCAGAUAAAGAUGAUCGACUUCUUCAUGGGGAUGAUAUUGAGAAUUUUCGCCUUGCAGCUGAGGUUUACAAAGACAUGCCUGAGACCAGCUUCACUCGCACAAUAUCCAAUCCUGAGGUGGUUAUGAAACGGCGACGACAGCAAAAACUAGAGAAGAGAAUGCAGGAGUUUCGCAGUUCUGAUGGCAGACCAGACUCAGGUGGGACGCUGAGAAUUUAUGCAGACAGUUUAAAACCAAAUAUACCGUACAAGACAAUCCUGCUGUCCACUACAGAUACUGCAGACUUUGCAGUUAUUGAAGCACUGGAAAAAUAUGGCCUGGAAAAAGAAAAUCCCAAGGAUUAUUGUAUUGCUCGUGUCAUGCUGCCUCCUGAUGCUCAGCACUCUGAUGAUAAAGGUGCUAAAGAAACCAUUCUUGAUGAUGAUGAGUGUCCACUGCAGAUAUUCAGGGAGUGGCCUAGUGAUAAAGGAAUACUGGUCUUUCAGUUGAAAAGGAGGCCUCCUGAUUAUGUCCCAAAGAAAACCAGGAAGAUAACUGAUGGAAAACAAUUAAGGGGGAAGGAAAGAGUUGAUGGGUCUGGCUAUGGCUCUUGCCUUCCUCCUGAGAAACUACCAUACCUGGUAGAAUUAAGCCCAGGGAGAAGGAAUCACUUUGCCUACUACAACUAUCACACUUAUGAAGAUGGUUCUGACUCCAGAGAUAAGCCAAAGCUCUAUCGUCUACAAUUAAGUGUCACUGAAGUUGGAACUGAAAAAUUUGAUGACAAUUCCAUUCAGUUAUUUGGUCCAGGAAUUCAGCCUCAUCACUGUGACCUCACUAAUAUGGAUGGAGUUGUUACUGUAACCCCGAGAAGCAUUGAUGCUGAAACCUAUGUGGAAGGUCAGCGUAUUUCAGAAACCACCAUGCUGCAAAGUGGAAUGAAGGUUCAGUUUGGGUCUUCUCAUGUAUUUAAGUUUGUGGAUCCUACUCAGGACCAUAUUAUUUCCAAAAGAUCUACUGAUGCAAGUCUUAUGGUCAAAGGCCCAAGACACAGAACUGGAGCUGUCCAGGAAACCACAUUUGAUCUGGAGGGAGAUAUUCACAGUGGAACAGCAUUUCCAGCAAGCAAGAGCACCAGCAGGCUGGACGGUGACAGGACAUCAUCAUCUGCAUCCAGCACAGCCGAGCGAGGAAUGGUGAAGCCAAUGAUUAGAAUAGACCAGCAGGAUUACCGCAGACAGGACAGCAGAUCUCAGGAUACCCAUGGACCAGAACUGAUACUGCCUGCCAGUAUUGAAUUCAGGGAAAGCUCUGAAGAUGCCUUCUUAUCUGCCAUUAUAAAUUACACAAAUAGCUCGACAGUUCAUUUUAAGCUGUCACCAACAUAUGUUUUGUAUAUGACAUGUCGGUAUGUAUUGUCCUGCCAAUACAGACCUGACAUCACUCCUGCUGAGCGUACUCACAAAGUCAUUGCAAUAGUCAACAAAAUGGUGAACAUGAUGGAAGGAGUGAUACAGGAGGUAGACCAGGUUGAUCAGAAACAGAAGAAUAUUGCUGGGGCCCUUGCCUUUUGGAUGGCAAAUGCAUCUGAACUACUCAAUUUCAUAAAGCAAGACAGAGAUCUUAGCCGAAUUACUGUGGAUGCACAAGAUGUUUUGGCACACUUGGUUCAAAUGGCAUUCAAGUACCUGGUUCAUUGUCUGCAGUCAGAGCUUAACAACUACAUGCCAGCAUUCCUUGAUGAUCCAGAGGAAAAUAAUCCUCAGAGGCCUAAAAUAGAUGAUGUGCUGCACACCUUGACUGGAGCCAUGUCCCUGUUGCGACGAUGCAGAGUAAAUGCUGCUCUGACCAUACAGCUCUUCUCCCAGCUCUUUCAUUUUAUCAACAUGUGGCUUUUUAACAGAUUAGUUACAGCCCCAGAUUCAGGGUUAUGUUCGCAUUACUGGGGAGCUAUCAUGCGCCAGCAGCUUGGCCACAUUGAAGCCUGGGCAGAAAAACAAGGUUUAGAAUUGGCUGCUGAUUGCCACCUGAGCAGAAUAGUACAGGCAACCACAUUGCUUACCAUGGACAAAUACUCACAUGCAGAUGUUCCAAAUAUUAACAGUACUUGCUUUAAGCUGAAUUCUCUGCAGCUACAAGCCCUGUUGCAGAAUUAUCACUGUGCUCCAGAUGAACCACUCAUCCCAACAGAAUUGAUAGAGAAUGUAGUAACUGUUGCAGAAAAUACUGCGGAUGAACUUGCUCGCAGUGAUGGCCGAGAAGUUCAGCUGGAAGAGGAUCCUGACUUACACCUACCUUUUCUCUUACCGGAAGAUGGCUAUUCCUGUGAUGUUGUAAGAAAUGUUCCAAGCGGUUUGCAAGAAUUUUUAGAUCCACUCUGUCAAAGAGGUUUUUGUAGACUAACACCUCAUCCACGGUCACCAGGCACAUGGACAAUAUAUUUUGAGGGUGCAGAUUACGAAAGUCACAUGCCCCAUGAGAAUGCUGAGCUGGCUCAGCCUCUGAGAAAAGAACCUGAAAUUAUCACUGUAACACUAAAAAAACAAAAUGGAAUGGGACUGAGCAUCGUUGCUGCCAAGGGUGCUGGUCAAGACAAACUUGGAAUAUAUGUCAAGUCUGUUGUGAAAGGAGGUGCUGCAGAUGUGGAUGGUCGUCUGGCUGCAGGAGAUCAGUUGCUUAGUGUGGAUGGUCGAAGUUUGGUGGGCCUGUCCCAGGAGAGGGCAGCAGAACUUAUGACUAGGACAGGUUCAGUAGUAACACUAGAAGUAGCAAAACAAGGAGCAAUUUACCAUGGUCUGGCAACCCUGCUUAAUCAGCCAUCCCCAAUGAUGCAACGAGUUUCUGACCACCAUGGCUCAGGUAAACCCCGACCAAAGAGUGAAGGUUUUGAGCUGUAUAACAAUUCCACACAAAAUGGAUCACCUGAGAGUCCUCAGCUGCCAUGGACAGAGUACAGUGAACCAAAGAAGCUGCCAGGGGAUGACAGAUUGAUGAAGAACAGGGCUGAUCAUCGUUCCAGUCCCAAUGUAGCAAAUCAGCCUCCAAGCCCUGGGGGAAAGAAUGCUUAUGCAUCUGGAACUACCACCAAAAUAACCUCAGUCUCUACUGGAAAUCUUUGUACAGAGGAGCAGGUUCUGCCACCACGACCUGAAGCUUAUCCCAUCCCAACACAGACCUAUACUAGAGAAUAUUUCACAUUCCCAGCUUCAAAGUCGCAGGAUCGAAUGGGUUCAGCUCAGAGUCAGUGGCCAAAUUAUGAAGAAAAACCACAGCUUCAGGCAGAAAGUAAUCAUUCUAUCAAUAAUACCAUGCAGCGUGUAGCUCGUUCCCAGGAAGAGCUCAGAGACAAAGCUUUCCAGCCAGAGAGGAAUCGUUCGGAAGUUGUUAUACGGAAGGAUGUGGAGUACAUCGAUCGGAAGUCAGACAGCGAUCAGUGGAUGAAUUCGUCUGUGGAUUCUAGCACAUCUAGCCAGGAACACCUGAACCAUUCCUCCAAACCAGUGUCGCCUGGUUCUUGUUUAACUAAAAGUGGACCUGGCCGUUGGAAAACUCCAGCCACUAGCCAGCCAACUCCAGUGGCCAUUUCCCAGCCCAUCAGAACAGAUCUUCCCCCUCCACCACCACCUCCUCCAGUGCAUUAUGCUGCUGAAUUUGAUGAACUACAAAUGGAUUUGCCUCUGCCUCCACCACCUCCUCCGAAUCAGAUAGGAGCACAAGCAUCCUCCCAGGUAGCUGCUGCUGAGCGUAAAAAAAGAGAAGAGCAUCAGAGGUGGUAUGAAAAGGAAAAGGCACGUUUGGAAGAAGAACGAGAAAGGAAACGUCGUGAGCAGGAGAGAAAACUGGGCCAAAUGCGUUCUCAGCCACUUAUUUCUGCUCAGCCUGUGGCUUCUCCUGUCUCCCUUCAACAAGUGAAAUCAGAAAAGCCCUCAACUUUGCAGAGGUCUCAAGAAACAGUUAUUCGAGAGCUGCAGCCCCAACAGCAGCCGCGGACUAUUGAGCGGAGAGAUCUGCAGUACAUUACUAUCAGCAAGGAAGAACUGUCCUCUGGUGAUAGCCUCUCUCCAGAUCCGUGGAAACGGGAUGCGAAGGAGAAACUGGAGAAGCAGCAACAGAUGCACAUCGUGGACAUGCUGAGUAAAGAGAUUCAGGAACUUCAGAACAAACCUGAUCGUACAGCGGAAGAAAACGACCGCCUCCGCAAACUCAUGCUUGAGUGGCAGUUCCAAAAGCGACUGCAAGAAUCAAAGCAAAAAGAUGAAGAUGAUGAUGAAGAGGAGGAUGAUGAGGUGGAUACUAUGCUCAUCAUGCAGCGACUGGAGGCAGAAAGAAGAGCAAGGCAGACUGCUGUGCCAGCAAUCUCUGUUCUAGAUUUGUUACAGGAUGAAGAGCGCAGACGGCAGCAACAAUUGGAAGAAAUGCGGAAACGAGAAGCAGAAGACAGGGCCAGGCAGGAAGAAGAGCGCAGACAGCAAGAGGAGGAGCGGACCAGGAGAGAGGCUGAAGAAAAGAGGCGCCAGGAAGAGGAGUAUUACAGUCGCUUAGAGGCUGAAAGGCGCAGGCAGCAUGAUGAGGCUGAACGAAGAUUGCUGGAACCUGACGAGCCUGGUCUGUACAGACCUCCACUUCCACGGGAAUAUGAACUCCCAUCCCUAACCCCUUCAUCUAACGCUCCUCCUCCCCCACCUCAGCGAAACACCUCUUACCUCAAAACACAGGUCCUCUCCCCUGACACGAUUUAUACUGCCAAGUUUGUUGCAUACAAUGAUGAUGAUGAUGAUGAGGAGGAGGAUUCCAAUCUAGGAGGAAUAAAUUCAUACACUGGAUCUACUGGAGCAGCUGCUGGGGAAGUUUAUCGGGAUCCAAGAGACAAAAGAUCUAAAAGUCAAGAUGCAGAUUUACCUGGAGCACCAGAAAACCUGACGUUCAGGGAACGCCAGCGACUUUUUUCACAGGGUCAGGAUGUAUCCAAUAAAGUAAAAGCUUCUAGGAAACUAAUGGAACUGGAAAAUGAGUUGAACACAAAAUAAGAUGAAAGCACCUUAUCAGAUGUAAUGGAUGAUCUCCAAAUUGAGGGAUUGAGAUUGGGAGCACACUACUAAGUAUGAACAGAAAAUUAAUGUUUUCUGAAAGGAAUGACUUUGAUUCCUUUAUAUCUAAGACUGUUAAUUAAGACUUAGAGAUGUUGCAAUAGCAAGAAAACUCUGAUUACUUUGCCAGAAGCUUGUGGUUUAUACAAUGAAAGCACUGUAAAAUUUUAAAGAUACGAAUCACGUGAAGGUAACUUUUUUUCUGUUUUGGGGGUAAAGUUCUUUUGCACCAGACCAAGUAGCACUUGUCAAAGAUAAGUUCUGUUUCCUGGUGUUUUACAGACACACUUUUGUUUUAGCUGCUGAGCAGAGAGAGUGAGAAUAGCUUGAACUGCCUAAACUAAACUGUGCACUAGAAAUUAGUAUUUUAGGUUGUUUGACAAGAAGCCAAUGUCUGGGCCACCUUAAAUAAGGUUUCAUAUGCAAGUGUGACAGACUGUAUGGUGUUCAUAGAAGGAUCAGCAUAUCAAUACAGAUCUUACCAUUACAUAGUACUGGCAUAACACACAUUCUCUAGAUAGAAUCUUGGAAUAAAAAUAUCUCUUUUCCUAUGUAUUUGUUGGGUCUCAAAUGAAUGCCUAAGAUGUUAUCUGUAGUUACGGAAAAGUCUACGUUGUUGUAUCCCCAUUAUAUGUGCUUCAGACUUUGAAAAAAUGUGAAGAUAACAACCUUUGGAUAACUGUUUCAUUAAAAAUUACAUAAGCAAUAGAUAGUAGGCUACACUUAGUGGCCCUUCAUCAGCUAGGACCAAAAUGUUAGUAAUGUCUUAAAGGCAAGGAUUACAGUUAGAAGGUAAGCAGAACACGUGGGUAUGUUUUCUGAGAAAUUCAGGUUAGAAGUUAUUGGGCAAUUAGGCCUGGAACAGUAUUGAUGAGUCUGUUAUUAUCAGUUCAGCAAUAUUUUUUUUUUCUAUGGAGGUAUCAAUUGGCAUAUUAGAGAAGAAGACUGAAGUGUAAAGCAUCAAAUACAGUACUGCAGUCUGGAAGUGGGAACAUUCAUAAGGUCAUUAACAGAGCUGAUGUACUAGCAAGGAACCAUCCCUGCUCAUGCUGAGGAAGCAGUGCUAGUGAGCUCCCAUUCUGUCUAGCUGGUUUUACUGGCAUCCUAUUAAGGUUGUACUGAAAGCCUUUUUGGCAGUUCAAGCUAAUUUUUCACACUGUUGUUAUAGCCUUAUUUAAUUUUUAAUUGUUAAUCUUUUUCCUCCCACUAUUUCCUCAGCUAUGCUUACGUGGCUGAUGAUGUUGGGAAUAAGGACCUCAUCAGAGUCUUUCUCAUUGUGUGAUGUUAAGACAAUAUAUAUUGUGAUUCCAAACAAAUUUUCUAUUUGACAGAGCCCUUUACUGGCUUUAGAUGAUUUUUUUUCCCUGUAUCAUAUUGUUCUCUUAUAAAUAUAUAUUUAGGGAUUUGUGCACACUUCCAAAUACAAAGGGGUAGACUUUCACUGCCUUAGGAAAGAAAUCACUUUUAAUAAGAGUUGUAUGACAAAUAAAUGCAAGUUAAAGAAAAUUGGAGUGUAAAUAUUUUUUACAUAUUUCAGGUUUCUUAUUUGAAAGUGUGCUUUUACCGUUUCACCUGUUAAAUAUGAAGUAGAUGACUAAACUGGUUCAAAGUGUUAAUGAAGGAUCUGCAUGCUUGCUUUGUCUGUUCAUCAGCAAAAGCAAGCCUCUCCCAGUUUAUCUUGAGAACACUAGCAGCCUUACAGUGACACAUUUUUCUUGAGGAAAAAACUUACGCUGUGGCUGAAUUACUGUUGCUGCUAGACUCUGAAAAAGGCUUAGCAAAAAAAUACCUAUAACCUUCAGUUGAGUGGAUUUGGCCGCUAUUGGGCAUUCGGGUCAAGUGUGAAUAUGUGUAAAAGUGCUUUUCAUAUUUGUCUGUGCAUUAUUUGAAAAAAAAACAACAUCAAAACUGCUGUAGUUUCCCAUUUCUACUGUAUUUCACUUGCAACCUAUUUUUAAUAAAGUUUGUAUUGUAUU